GCCUUGGGUAUUUCUGCUCAAGGUAACCACAUCCCUCUUUAAAAAUUCCGCCGAAAAAGAGAAGACGCUUUACCCGACUCUUUGGGCCGUUAUCUCACGGCGAACUUUCUGACCGAGUAUACAACUACCCAGAAGGCCUAGGAGAAGUGCUGUAUAGAGAGCAGUUCGACUUCAACGCCGAGCCACCUUGGGAACCUAGCUGAUGAUAGGGGGUUCCAUCUCCUAACUUGUCCAUGGAGCUCUUCACUUCAGAAACCCAGGACUCAUUCAUCCAGCUUGGUGUCAAGUGGGCUGUUGCUGCCAGGAUUAUCUUGUGAUUAUAUGAAAGAUGUAUCAGUUUCUUCUGAAGUGCAAUCAACUAUAUAGAAGCCUUUGUAGCAGGCCUGCACCACUGCAUCCAAGAAAGUCUGUUUUUAGUGAAGAGAAUCGAAAGGUUUGGAAAACAGCCUCUUGUGGAUUAACUUGAAGUUCUGGCUUGUGUUUGUUGCAUAUUCUAAGGACCCAGACAUAGGCUUGGUGGCCCGUCUCUUGUUUUUCCUGGUUUAUGACUUUCGGCUUUGUGGAAUACGGCUGAGAUGAAAGGAUUUAUUGACGAUGCGAACUACUCCGUUGGCCUGUUGGAUGAAGGAACAAACCUUGGAAAUGUUAUUGAUAACUAUGUUUAUGAACAUACCCUGACAGGAAAAAAUGCAUUUUUUGUGGGGGAUCUUGGGAAGAUUGUGAAGAAGCACAGUCAGUGGCAGAACGUCGUGGCUCAGAUAAAGCCAUUUUACACGGUGAAGUGCAACUCCACUCCGGCUGUGCUGGAGAUCUUGGCAGCUCUGGGAACUGGGUUUGCGUGUUCUAGCAAAAAUGAAAUGGCUUUAGUGCAAGAAUUGGGUGUAUCUCCAGAAAAUAUCAUUUUCACAAGUCCUUGUAAGCAAGUGUCUCAGAUUAAGUAUGCAGCAAAAGUUGGAGUAAAUAUUAUGACAUGUGACAAUGAAAUUGAAUUAAAGAAAAUUGCAAGGAAUCACCCAAAUGCCAAGGUCUUACUACAUAUUGCAACGGAAGAUAAUAUUGGAGGUGAAGAUGGCAGCAUGAAGUUUGGCACUACACUGAAGAACUGUAGGCAUCUUUUGGAAUGUGCCAAGGAAUUUGAUGUCCAAAUAAUUGGGGUUAAAUUUCAUGUUUCAAGUGCUUGCAAAGAAUAUCAAGUGUAUGUACAUGCCCUGUCUGAUGCUCGGUGUGUGUUUGACAUGGCUGGAGAGUUUGGCUUUACAAUGAACAUGUUAGACAUCGGUGGAGGCUUCACAGGAACUGAAAUUCAGCUGGAAGAGGUUAAUGAUGUUAUCAGUCCUCUGUUGGAUAUUUACUUCCCCGAAGGAUCUGGCAUUCAGAUAAUUUCAGAACCUGGAAGCUACUAUGUAUCUUCUGCAUUUACACUUGCAGUCAAUAUUAUUGCUAAGAAAGUUGUUGAAAAUGAUAAAUUUUCCUCUGGAGUAGAAAAAAAUGGGAGUGAUGAACCAGCCUUCGUGUAUUACAUGAAUGAUGGUGUUUAUGGUUCUUUUGCGAGUAAACUUUCUGAGGACUUAAAUACCAUUCCAGAGGUUCACAAGAAAUGCAAGGAAGAUGAGCCUCUGUUUACAAGCAGCCUUUGGGGUCCAUCCUGUGAUGAGCUUGAUCAGAUUGUGGAAAGCUGUCUUCUUCCUGAGCUGAAUGUGGGAGAUUGGCUUAUCUUUGAUAACAUGGGAGCAGAUUCUUUCCGCGAACCAUCUGCUUUUAAUGAUUUUCAGAGGCCAGCUAUUUAUUUCAUGAUGUCAUUCAGUGAUUGGUAUGAAAUGCAAGAUGCUGGAAUUACUUCAGAUGCAAUGAUGAAAAACUUCUUCUUUGCACCCUCUUGUAUUCAGCUGAGCCAAGAAGGCAGCUUUUCCUCUGAAGCUUAAACAGCAUUAACGCUUCUUUAGAUCUGAAGUCGCAGGUUAAGCUUGUCUGGUCUACAUUCCAGUGUAGGGGAAAAAUUCAAUCAAUCUUUAUUCUGUUAAUUUUCUUGGAAACAAAUUCAUAGUAAUAGCUACUUGGGACCAGACAACAUCAGCUUUCAUCUAUAAUUCAUUGGGGCAAUAGGGGAUUUAGAUAAUGUAUCCAGAUUUAAACAUACCAGUUUAACCCACCCCUUAAGCGUUUAAAAUAAAAUAUGCAACAAAAUGGAUGACUUAGUGGAGAUGGAAGCCCAUUAAUUGGGUUCCCCAUCAAAUCGUUUACAUACAAGUACACAGUUUUUAUAAUAAGGAUUCCUGUUAAAAGUCUUGUAAAGUUGAUGUCUUUCACCCAGAUAUAUCACAUGUGAGUGGAAGACCAGUGUGACUUCAUUAGAUACGUUUAGUGUAUUUAGAAUGUGUAAAUUUGUGCUUUUGAACUGUAGUUUAAUAAAUGUAAAAUUGCAUCAUAGUAUUUGUUGUAUUUGACCUAAUGUAACCCUUGUAUGAUUGCAAUAAAACUUUGUGUAGAUUUUACUGUUUUUUCAGGCUAAAACUUUGGGAAUGGGGCUAGCUAGCAAAGGUAGUUUUGAACUAGUUGUGUGUAUGGUCUGUUUUGAGGGUUAGUUUUCUUUAUAGCUCAUUUAAGUUUGGUUUGGCUCAAUAUACUUCUUAGUUAUUUAAUUAGUAAUUUAAGUAAAAGUGUUUGGUAAUCAUUGUGAAGUUCAGAUUUAUUAUGGAGAGUUGAUGUGCAGUAAGCAUGAUGUUUAACAAUUUUAACACCAAAAAAUGUUAAUCCUGCAUAAACCAAUUGUAAUAAUAAUAAGUGUUUCUGUAUAGAUAGGAUGCAUAAGCGUACCUUAGUAAAUCUUUGAAUCACAAAUCUUUUGACUGAUAGAAAAAAUUAUAUUAAACACUGAGAACUUGGUGGGAAGGGGAAAGAGACUGCAGAGAACUGCAGAACCCUAACCUUAAAGAAGGGCUAUGUCUGUCUAUUUCCAGCAUCCUGAUGCCCCUUCGCACAGAGAUUUAAAUCCAGAGGGCUUUAGGGUGGUGAAGCACACUUUCUCACUUGUAAUAGUAUCAAAUUGGAAUUUUUUUUGUUGUUGUUGAAUUGGUUUGAACCUAGUCCCUUAGUUUCUUGUUAUUUCCCAUUUGUUCAAGCUUAGUAAGAUUCUUCCUUCAUACUAAAGCUUGGUGGUUGGGGGGAGGAUUUAGCAUCAUUAACCUGACACUGUUGCCAGGAAUUUUGGCUUUGUUCACUGCUGGUGUGUUAGUCCUAAGUCUCAGAAUCACAGUAGUAAUGAGACAACUUACAGGGGUCACUUUUCCUAACUUACUCUAUGUUCACAAGUGGAAUUCCUGUCCUCCAAGAGGAAAUGGGACUUCACUUUGGUGCCAAUGGACAGAACAUUCUGCCUGUGCUACAUAGGAGAAGUGUGGGAUGCACUUGAAUAGCUAGCUGGACUUUACACCUUGAUUUCAAGGUGGAAAGAAAUUGAUCAUGAAUCUCUAAUUUCAAAUCAAACCAGUAGGUGCUUAAUAUUUUUGAUUUGAAUAUUGCCCACUUGAAUAUCAUGGGUUCUAUUAAUUAUAAGAAUAACUAAGGACCCUAGUCUGCUGUCACCUAGUUGCCCUUGGACUUUUUUCCAGGGUAUAAUACGGGGUUUUAUGCAAAAUUCCAAGCUACCAUAUGCAUUGUUGUGGUCCAGAAAUGCCAAAACGUAAAGGGUGGUACAAUUUGAGUCCUUGGCUUGACUGUACAGGCUUGGUCUUUGUGGUAUAUCAGUUUUGCCAUCUGCAUAGGAGAGUGGUUGUAUGUAACACAGCCAGAAUUGCUAAUCUCACAUGUGAAUGAUAAACUUAAGAAUGUCUGUAUUGUAUUUGAAGACUGUUUGCCAUAAAUCUAAAAUCAAACCUAUGUAUUUCAAUUUGGUAUGCUUAUGAAUAAUUAAUGUAAGAUCUUUUUUAUAUGAUAUUGUAAUCAGUUCAAAUUUAAUUGCAAAUAUAAAACCCAAAUGAUUUCUAUAUAUAGUAAAUUGAACUGUGAAGGUAACUUGUGUGUGAUUCUGAAUACACAGAUAAAAUGUUUUUAUUCCUCAGGCUUUACUUUGAUGGCUUCUAUCAUGAAAUAGACAUGAAAUUUUAUGAAUUGAUUUUUGUGUAUAUUGCCCACAUUCUUUCAGGAUCUAUUAAAAGUAAAGUGAUCUGGGAAUUGCCUAGCACAAUGAAACUUUUGAUGAUUGGAUAUUCAUGAGACUACCUUUUAAAACCCGGGCGAUAUUGAAUCGCUAGGUUUAAACUUAGAUUAAAAAAAAAAACAACAUAAUUACUAAGCUGUUUUGGCCUGUUGAAAUGAAAAUCCAUCCUCAGUUGUUUGUUACUGGGUGGCAUGAUAGUAAUUUUAUUCUUAGUAUUUUCUUCCCAGGAUACAUUAGGUUUAAACAGUGUUAUUCAGGUAAUAGAGUAGUUUAUAGGCUGGUGUUUAAAAUUAGAGGUAGACUUGUUUCAUACUGUCUGCUUCUAACCUUGCUUCUGGCACUGAACCAUUCUAGCAGAGGCAAGACAUAACCUUUCUAUACUGAUAAUACGGUGCAUAGGAACUCAUGGGAUCUAACAGCUGCUAAGGUGUCCAUCACUGGGGUUGUACUUGCUUUGUCUGACAAAUGGUUGAAAUGACAGAAGUCAUCGUAUAUUCAUUUUGCUCUGGCCUACUGUACAUUGCUGCCACAUUAGCUGAUUUAACAUUAACUUGGAGUGUUGUCUCAGAUUACAGUUGUUAAGCCGUGUGUUGCCUGACAGCUAGGCAGUGUGUUGCAUGAGUUUGGAGUGCGGCUUUUAUAGUGAGGGUGAACCGUCCAGGAAUUAAAAGCUCUUGGCUAGA